GAAUGGACCACGGUGGAGGGGUCUUGAACUUUCAGAUGCAAGACUCAAAGAUGCCACACACAAUGAUAAUGCAGGAUUUUGGUAUGGCCCACAUUGACGGUGAUCACAUUGUGGUUUCUGUGCCAGAGGCGGUGCUGGUGUCAGAUGUGACUGACGAGGAGGGAAUCAUGUUUGAGCAUGACCUGGGGUCAGAGGUUGUAGAGGGGCCAGACAUCUGCUGCAGCGAUGAUCCUGACGGCAUAAUCAUGACUGAGUCGGUCCUGGGGGCCGAGGUCGCCAUUGAGGACGUGCUGGAUUCUGACCACCAUCACCAUGUGCUGACAACAGAUCUCAUAGAGGAAUCUGAUAGGGUUCCUGACCAGGUGUUUGAAAUUGUCACGGAGGAGGUCAUGGUCUCCAACUGCAACUCAGAGACGUAUGUGGAGGAGCAGGAGGAGAUUGAAGACUCUGCAGUCACCAUCCAGGAGCCGGACGACGAUGCUGGAGAGAGCGUCUCCGAGGACUACCUGAUGAUCUCCUUGGACGAUGUUGGGGAGAAGUUGGACAUGGAGGACACGCCCCUGAAGAUGGGUUCUGAGGUGAUGGAGGAUGGCUCCAAAGAGGGUGACUAUGACUCUGAGUGCAUCAAAGUCUACAUCUUCAAGGCAGAGGCUGAUGAUGAUAUAGGUGGCACAGAGAUUGUAGCUGAGAGCGACUUCCACAACGGUCACGCAGUGCUGGAGACUGGGGGCAUUGGCAAGCUGUCUCGAGAGAAGAUGGUCUACAUGGCAGUGAAAGACCCAUCGCAGGAGGAUUCAGAGAUCAACUGCACUGAGAUGGCAGAUGAGGUGUACAUGGAGGUGAUAGUGGGAGAGGAGGAUGCCCCUGCCAUCCAGGACUCACUGGAUGACUCCAGCCACAAUAAGACCUUCGGCACUGUAGCCUGGGCUGCAGCUUAUGGUAACAGUCUGGACUCCAGGCUGGAGAACAAGACCAACACAGGGACACAUUACCUGAAGAUCAGCGACAGCCUGAGUACAAGUAGAGCUCUCAAACAGAAGAUCAAGAAAAAGAAAAAGGGAGAAACACGUCAGUGUCAGACAGCUGUGAUCAUUGGUCCAGAUGGCCAGCCUCUGACUGUGUAUCCCUGCCACAUCUGCGGGAAGAAGUUCAGAUCGCGAGGCUUCCUGAAGAUCCACAUGAAGAACCACCCCGACCACAUCUUCAAGAAGAAGUACCAGUGCACAGACUGCGAUUUCACCACCAACAAGAAGGUCAACUUCCACAACCACCUGGAGGGCCACAAGCUCAUAGUGAAGAGUGACCGGGUCCCAGAGUUCACUGAGGUCACGAGGCGUUACUGUGUGGAGAGCCCACUCAGCUCCAAUAAGCUCAUCCUACGUGACCAGGAGCCCAAGCUGCACCACUGUAAGUACUGUGACUAUGAGACAGCCGAGCAGGGCCUUCUCAACCGCCACUUGCUGGCUGUCCACAGCAAGAGCUUUGCCCAUGUGUGUGUGGAGUGUGCAAAAGGUUUCCGCCACCCCUCUGAGCUCAAAAAGCACAUGAGGACCCACACGGGUGAGAAGCCCUACCACUGCCAGCACUGUGAGUUCUGCUGUGCCGACCAGUCUAACCUGAAGACCCAUAUAAAGAGCAAGCACGGAGCGGAGCUGCCCUUCAAGUGUGGCCACUGUCCCCAGGCCUUCUCUGACGAGCGGGAGCUGCAGAAGCACAUGGAGAUAUUCCAGGGCCACAAGACGCACCAAUGUCCGCACUGCGAGCAUAAGAGCACCAACUCCAGCGACCUGAAGCGCCACAUCAUCUCCGUGCACACCAAGGACUUCCCUCACAAGUGUGACGUGUGUGAGAAGGGCUUCCACCGGCCCUCGGAGCUGAAAAAACACACAGAGACUCACAAAGGUGCCAGGCUGCACCAAUGCCGCCACUGUGACUUUAAGACCCCAGACCCCUUCAUACUCAGUCGCCACAUCCUGUCCGUCCACACCAAAGACUUGCCCUUCAAGUGCAAGCGCUGUCGACGGGGCUUCAGGCAUCAGCUGGAACUGAAGAAGCACAUGAAGACCCACAGUGGACGGAAAGUGUACCAGUGCCAGUACUGUGAGUACAGCUCCUCGGACGCUUCAGGUUUCAAACGGCACGUCAUAUCCAUCCACACCAAGGACUAUCCCCACCGCUGUGACUACUGCACUAAAGGCUUCCGUAGGCCCUCUGAAAAGAGCCAGCACAUUGCGCGGCAUCACAAGGAUGUUUUAAUGUAAAGUGCUUCUUCACACAGCCUUUCCCAUAUUCAGAACAAUCUGAUUCUCACUCACUAUAGAGCAGGGAAAUACAAUUAUUUCAAUGUGAUAAAUAAAGGAUGACAAUUGUCACAUUUUCCUCGAACUGCAUUAGUAAUUUAUUAACUUGUCCUCACAUCACCAUUAAUACUCAAACCUGGGGUGCUAUUCAAACAAACCUCAAGUCAGAUAAAUCCUGAAUCAGAACACUGCUUGAAAGCACACAUUUUCUCAGUAGUAUGCUUGUCUGGGUUGUUGGAAUAGCACACCACUUGUCAUAUGCAGUAUCAGUGGUAAGAUAACGUUGUAAUUUAUCUGUUGACUGUAUUCUCACUGUUGACCUUGGGGUAACCAUUAUCUGACAAGUCAUUGUAUGAUUUUUAGUAAUGUUACUGCUAGCAAAUUGUGAAAAACAUACAUUUAAAGACCCAGUUCUAAUUUCAAACUUAAACAGUCAUCUGUAUCAGUUUUCUCUGUAUUCAAAAGCAUGAAAAGGGGAUGUGGACAACCCAGCUUUUUACUUGUAUUUGUCCUUUGAAAUAAUCGCUUGUCAAACAAUCAGGGGUUUUAAUUUGUCCCAUGUGUGCACUGGUAAAAUCAUGUUGCUCAAAGCCAAUAACAUGUUUACUAUCAGGAAUCUCUCAUGUAUCAGAUCCAAAUCAGUGUUAUCUAUUCUCUAUGUCUGUCAACUGAAAUAUUAGGAGCUUUAGUAAAUAAAGACUUCUCCUGAUGAAUUGUUCACCUCAACCUAUUACUUUCAUUCACUCUUUUUGCCAUCAUUCAGUAACAAAGAAUGUACCAACAAGUGGAUUUGUGUUAAGAUGAGUGUUUUGCAUCUUACAAUAAGGGCGCCUACUGACACCAAGUUAUCCCAUGAUUGACCUAGAGGUGAAAUUAAGAUUGUAUUUUGUUUAUUGAUUUAAAAUUAUUAACAUCUGAUUUGUAAAAAAUAAAUGUUCUUUUUGAAAGUA